CAUCGUCCUUUUCAUUAUCCAUUUGACUUCAGCCAUACAUAGUCGUAAUUAAUCAGUCUUAUUAUUCCUCUGCUUAGCUGUUUUACUGUAUUCAAUAUUACGUGUUUCGUCUUGCAGAUCGCCAUGGAUGAGAGAAUGAGAAGGGUUGCUCAAGCAGGAAAUAUCGACGCCUUGUAUGCACUGAUUCAAGAGAAUCCAUUCGUUUUGGAAAGCUUUUAUGAAUUCCCUUAUGUUGACACUCCAUUACAUUUAGCUGCCUUUGAAGGGCACAUUGAUUUUGCCCUGGAAAUGAUGACCUUAAAGUCCUCAUUUGCAAGAAAGCUAAACCCUGCAGGGCUUAGCCCGCUGCAUCUUGCCUUGCUAAAUCACCAACCUCUUGUAGUUCGUGAGCUCGUGAGAGUUGAUAAAGAUCUCAUUCGUGUCAAGGGGAGGGGCGGUUUAACCUCUCUGCAUUUGGCAACCGAAAUAGGAGAUCUCGAUCUUGUAGCUGAAUUUCUUGAGGCUUGUCCCGAAUGCAUCACGGAUGCGACUAUUCAAGGUGAGACUGCCAUACAAAUUGCAGCCAAAAACAAUAGCUUUGAAACUCUGGAACUCCUAGUUCGUUGGCUUCAAAAGACCACUCACAAAGAUGGCCAACUUAACAACAGCCAAACCAGACACAUUCUUCAUCGAGCUGGAUGUCUGAAAGCCGAAGGAAUUCCUCCACGUCAAGCAUUAGCAGAGUCUUUGAGACUGAAAAUUUCGUGGACGGAAACAUUCCGAAGAUCUGUGGCUUGUCAGAACAACAAGAUAUCUGGCGAUAUGCGGAAUGCUAUGCUAGUAGUAGCUGUUUUAAUCCUAACAAGUACCUACCAAGCAUGCCUCAAUCCACCUGGAGGUGUGUCGCAGGGUAACAAGGAUUGCAUUAUAUAUUGGAUGUCGCAGGGUAACAAUGAUUCCAUUAUACAUCUGAUGUCGCAGGGUAACAAUGAUUCCAUUAUACAUAGGAAAAGAAUCAUAAGAGGAAAAUCUAAUUCUAAUUCCUCUAGCAGUAGUGAUGAGGUGGGGGUCUCAGUCAUGCCAUACGGUGACUUUGCUUACUUCUAUUUUAUAAAUACUGCAACGUUCUUGGCAACAACCCUUGUAGUGUUCUUCCUGCUUCCUGAUGAAACCAUAAAUCUGCUUACAUUACCAGUCCUAUUAUUCAUUCUCUGCUACUUGCUGUCAAUGAUAUACCUAGCUCCGCCAUUCCCAAUUAAAAUUCCAUUUUCACCUCUGCUUCAACCAUUUUCACCUAUUAUUGUUGCCGCCAUCAUCUUCAUUCUCGUGUGUUCGCCUAAGUUUUUGGACCUUUAUCUCCAAUCCAGAAGGAGAUAGUGUUUUUAUUUAUCUUUGUUUGUUUCGCCUAAGCUUUUGUAUCGUCAAAUUAAUUAUUGAAUAUUUUCUCCAUCUAGCUACAUUUUCUAUCAUUUGAUUUUGAAGUUUUAUGAUUUAAUUAAAGAUAGUUAAUGAA